CUUUUGAAAGUUUUAUUGUUACCUUUGUUCUUCAACUGAUGGCUGGUUUAGUCAGGCCCCCUCAACGAUUCACUCACGAAGAGUGGACAUAUAGCAAUAAUCUAAAGUAUCGAAGUGCAGAGAAAGAAAGAGAAAUUUCCCAAGGGUUACAAAACGAGUGCGACAGAUUCAUUGAAGAAACUGCUAGACGCACUGAGAGAACACUUAAAGACGUCGAAAAAAAAUUUGAUCAAAGAAUCAAGGAUAUACAAUACUGGAAGUCGGAAGUUAAUAAAAAGCUCCAGGAUGUGACAGAAGAAACUGAUGUAUUGGAUGAAUAUUUCAUUAGACUGAAAAAAACUCUUGAAGCCACGGAAGAGCCUCUUCAUAUUGCACAACAAUGUUUGCUUAGCCGUGAGAAAAGAACAGGAAUCGAUCUCGUUCACGACGACGCACAGAAAGAACUUAUCAAAGAGGUGGAGGUUAUAAAAGGUGCACAAGGAGUUCUACAGAAGGCUAUCGAACAAGCUAAGGAACAACUCAGAUUAAAUCGUAAGGCAAUUUAUAAUCUGAAGAAAGAUUCUUCUGACAAGCUUGAAGCACAACGUAUUGAUGAAUACGCGUUAAGUUUGAAACCAACUGAUGAAUCAUUACCUGGAUUUGAUCGCCUCCCAAAAAUGGAUGCCAAAUCAUUUACACAAGAAGAGUGGCAGAAUUUUUCAACUGCAUCAAUUGAAGCUGGGGAUAAACAGUUACAAAACUCUCAUGAACUACGCUCUAUUAUCGAUGGGGUAAUACAACAGGUAGCUGCUGAUAUAAAGCGUCAAAUUGAAGCAACAAAUCGUGCUUUAAAAAAACGAAUAAGUGAAACUCGAAGUUCUAAAGCUAAGCUGGAAGAACACUUAAGCGCUGUUAUUAAAGAAAUUUCUAAUGUUGAAGACACUUUAUAUGAAUUGGAUAAAGCUAUUAAAGACAAGGAUGGAGCGCUUCGUUUGGCGGGAACACGUUUAGGCAUACGUAAAGAAAGACCAAAUAUUGAAUUGUGUCGUGAUCCAGCUAACUAUCGAUUAAUUCAAGAAGUUGAUGAAAUAAAUCGUGAUAUUGAACAACUGAAACAACGAUUACAUGCAGCACAUGCUUCCUUGAAAGGAUUAUGCCGACGUCAGUUGGAUUUAGAAGAAGAGAUUCAAAUUAAAGCAGCAACAUUAUUCAUUGAUGAAGUACAGUGUAUGGGUAUACGAGAGAGUAUUAAUUUUAGUGCAUUCUAAACAAUUUUAUGCAUAAUUAUGUUUGUAUGUAUGUAUAUUAUUACAAUAAUUAGACAAGUUUUAUGCUACAGAACAAUGCUGAAGAGUAUAUAUGCUUUCAUCGAGAUACACCGUCAUUAGAGCACUAUCUAUAUCUUAUUGAGGAGACGACUACUGACAAACAAAUUGAUUUAUUUGCCACCUUAUUUUCUUUUGACUUCUAAACAAUAGAGCUUUCAUAUAUAUUCUACUCUCUUAAUGAACACUAAUUUAUUCUUGUAACAAAAUCUCCAUGCUCCUUCGAAUAUAUAUAUAUAUAUAUAU